AUGGUCGGGGUUCCAGGGCGCUCCAAGGGAUGUGUUGACUGCAGGAAGAGGAAAAAAGGUUGCGACCUAGUCCAACCCGAAUGCGGCCAGUGUAAGGGACGUGGGAUAAAAUGUGGAGGUUACGACUCUGAUCGCAUCUUCAUCUACCAGCAAGGCACGCUAAGUCGGGCUGCCGCGCUCAAAACAGACAAAUGUGCGACCGUCAAGACAUCGCCAACCCAGCCAGAUCUGCACGACUACCAAGUGGUGCAUCAUUCAAAGUCCACCUUGGCUGUACAACGAUGCGACGUACACCCCACUCCUGUGAAUUUGAUACUUCCCCAGAGCCUUGCCAAAGCGGCCUACAGCGAGAGGACUGUUGCUGCGUUUCUGGAAAUGUACAGCCCUGCAGGGAUAAUACGUAACACCAAUGUCGACGCAAGGGAACUGUUUAAUUUGCUACCUUUGCUCAGUACACGUGAUGAGGCACUGCAGAUGGCUACCCUGGCCGUCGGCAUGACACAACUGGGGAUUACCACAGGGAAUGAAAGUCUUACCCGGCACGGCAGGACACUAUACGGAAAGGCGCUCAAGGAAACGGCAAUGGCGUUGCGGAAUCCUGCUAGAGCAAACAGCAAAUCACUGCUCAUUGUGCCUCGCAUCAUGGGCCUUUUUGACAUGCUAUAUGGUGCUGAGCCUGACUCGUCUAACCAAGCUAAGAGCUGGCUCAGCCAUGCGGAAGGUGAACUAGCUAUGAUCAUCAGUCGUGGACCCGAGGCGUUUGCUGCCGAUGAUGCAGCCCACAUGUUCUUUACCACUGCCAGAUACCGACUGCUGGGACCCGCAAUACGAGCCCGGAAGCCGACCAUCUUCGAUGCACCGGACUGGAAAACGCUACCUUGGAAAGGAAGAACAAAAUCGUACGAAGAUGCCCUCAUGGACAUAAUGUGCGGCAUACCAGAACUCCUCUGGUCGGUCGAUAAACUCCAAUUCACCUCCCUAGAUACUGUUGAAAAAGAGAAACUCAGACUCCACACACUGUCUAAAUGCUGGACCAUGCAUUUCCAGCUCGAAAGCUGGAAAUCAGCAGACCUAGACUCCAUAUAUACCCCUGCCUUUGUAGAUCUAUACACCACAAUCUCUUUCCCGAACAUCGACAUCGCCUGCCUCACCGUCCGCUACUGGCUCAUCUGCCUCUUCGUCUACUCCUCCCUCGACAUCGCCUCAGGCAUCGACCCUGCAGACGACUACUCCCUCUCUCAUCCGGACCGCCCGCACCCCCGCCCCUUUGCCCGCAUGAUCACCCGCUCAGUCGACUACUUCAUGCAAGAAAAAUUUGGCGUCACAGGACUAAGCGCCAUGUGGUUUCCCCUCGGCAACACGCUCUUCUACAUGAACCGCCACCGUGAUGCCGACGAGGCCUACAUCACUGCGGUGAUGAAGGCAUGGGAGAAACCCAAGCUACCCAGUGCAAUGAGAGAGUUUCUCAAGAGCUUCCGUAUGACGGUAGAUUUGAGGACGCUUUCUGCGCGGCCCUUGAGCGAACUUUGA